CAUCGAUACGAUACCGUUGGCUCACCGAGUACAACAUCAAUUGCGCACCAAAUUUUCAGUAAAAACAAACAGAGUCGGAUUAUUCGGACGGAAGCCAAACAUCCAGGAGCAGCCAUGACAAUUCUGGGCAAAUUGCGGGGAGAGAUCAAGGACCAGGAGAAGGUGCCACUGCCUAUGAACCUCAACGAUGAGGCACUGAUGCACCAUGGCUCGUUAAUCGCACCCAAAGUCGCCUAUAGCGACACCGAAGCCGAUGCCGAGUCCAUGGUCUUCAACCGGCCACAGCACCAUUGCUUAAAAUCCUUUAUCCUGUUCCUCAUCGCCGUCGUGGUGAUGCUGAUGGGCGUGCUGGGCGGCUGGACCCUGUACCGACUGUAUGCACCCUCGCAUGCCAGCAUGCGGUACCAUGCCCUCUGCGAGAUCCCCUAUCCCGAGGACUCGAUGGAGCAGCCAAGAAUUUACCAGCGCAGCGACGAGCCCUUCGCCCUCAACUGGCGCGCCCUGUUGCCACAGUUCGGACCCCUGCCGGAUAGCGAUUCCCUGACCGACGAGAACAGCAGCUAUUUCCGCGAGGAAAUCGAACUGGACGGGGAGAAUGACGACGAUAGCUAUGCCAGAAUUGAUGUGCCCGACUUCAAGGACGGACGACGUGGCAGGUUCAUGCACGAUUUCAAGGAGAAUCAGUCGGCCAUCAUCGAUACCACCACCGGCAGGUGCUUUAUCAUGCCGCUGGACAGGGAGACCACCCUGCCGCCCACCAGUUUCGUGGAUCUCAUGAAGAAGAUGGGCACUGGCUACUACAACAUCGAUACGGAGCGUGUGCGUCGCCAGAUGCGCGUGGUCACGCCCCGCAUCACCGAUCUCUCGCUCAUUUCGGAGCGCAUAGCCAACGAGUGCUACGACAUGAAGGUCUAUCAAAUGGAGAAGUUCAUCUCGGGGGUCUCGAAGCGUUCAGCUGAUCCCUUGCCCGAGGCCGGCAAGUAUGCUGCGUUCAUGGGCAAGGGCGUCAUCGAAUACGAUCUGGCCAAUAUAGUCGAGGUGGAGGCCUACGAGGCUAGCGAGCAGCAGCAGCAGCACGCCUGAGCGGCCAGCUGGAGGAGGAUCUUUUAAGCUACAACAACAACAACACCCCCAUAUAAACCUAAACCUAAACAAAUUAUUACUUAGAAUCAAUUUAUACAUGUAGCGGACGCGCGGAGAUCUCUAUCAGUCCCGAGGUCUAGGAUCUGGAGCCUGUCAUCAUCAUCUGGCCAAGGGAAUCGCCUGGAGUCCUAGUAAAGAAGCGUAAACAAAAAAUGUACCUAGAGAACGCAAUCAAAAGCGAUCCACGAAAUUUGUGACAAAUACGAUGGAGCAGGGAAGAGGAGAGCAAGGAGCUAGGAGCAAGGAGAGGAUCGGAUAUCAGCAUUCCAAGUACAUAUUUUAUAUAGAAGUAUGCUCCUUUUAACCACAUAUUCCAACGGGUAGCGAGUAUAGAUCGAGCCCAGGAGCAGCCAGAGUCUAAGGAUCCCCAAGAAAACUAUCAUCGGAAACAACAAAUUAAUCUAAAUGUUCUUUAAACUUAAUUCAAAAUGUAUUAAACGCGAAUUUGUGAUCUUUAA